AUGGUGACCAUCUGCGCCUACAAUGCACGUAUGCUUGCAUCCGAGUCCUCGAUAGCAGACUUGCUCAUGCAAGCAAGAAGGAUAAAGUACGACGUCAUCAGCCUGGCCGAGACGAGAAGACGCCAGCCUUUCAACGCCGUCUAUGACAUCGGAGAAGAACCGAUCCUCGGAACAUGCGACAGUAGAGGAGUCGGCGGCGUCGGCGUUCUCGUCAACACGAGUUUGUCCGUGAACAUCGAUUCAUUCGAACAACUAACAACCCGAAACGAUGUUUACGAUUAA